AAAGUUCAAUUCUUUCUUUUUCUAUACACGCGUCAUCCCCUUAUCAAUCCUCAAAACUCAACUAAUCAUUGCUCAGUCAGGGUAGAAAAUGCCGGAAGACCAAACCAACAUCACAAAAUUCAUAGAGAGACCGAAUGGGAGAAUCCAUUUUUAUUUUAGCCAUUACUCUUAACAAUUUGAAAUUGAAUCAUUAGAAGCUUCUUGGGUCGGGUUUUUUCCGAAAGAGAUGUCAAAUGAGAAGGUACGAGACAUUUUCCGGUUAGGACACCACAAGCAGCAUUCGAAGCAAGCACUAUAGGAGGCCUGAAGGGAAUGCUCGUGAAGCUAUCGAUUGCUGUGAUUUUUCUCUUGAUCUGUACGCGGAGUAGCGGAUCCUCUUUUCCAUCGGAGAUCCAUGUUGAAGAUCUUUGGGAAAGUGCUAAUUCAGGUGGCUGGAGGCCAUCAUCUGCUCCAAGAUUUGAUUGGCCUCCUCCUCCAAAAGAGACCAAUGGAUAUCUGCGUGUUCGCUGUAAUGGUGGUUUUAAUCAGCAACGAAUUGCGAUUUGUAAUGCCGUCCUUGCAGCUAGAAUCAUGAAUGCUACACUUGUGUUGCCUGAGUUGGAUGCUAACUCUUUCUGGCACGAGGACAGUGGCUUCCAUGACAUUUAUGAUGUUGAGCAUUUUGUCCAGUCACUAAGGUAUGAUGUACGUAUUGUGGAAAGCAUACCAGAAUUUCGUGAAAAUGCCGAGAAGAUAGAGUCUUUAGAGUUGUGGCCACCUAUAGAUGCUCCUAUUAGAUGGUAUACAACUGUUGCUUUGGAGAAGAUGAAGCAACAUGGAGCUAUUUAUCUAACUCCCUUUUCACAUCAUUUAGCUGAAGAAAUUGACAAUGCUGAGUACCGGCGGUUGAGGUGCAGGGUUAACUACCAUGCCUUGAGAUUUAAGCCACAAAUUAUGGAGCUGAGUGAAUCUAUAAUUGACAAAUUGCAGGCACAAGGUCGCUUCAUGGCAAUACAUCUUCCUUUUGAGAUUGAUAUGCUUGAAUUUUUUGGGUGCUUCAACAUAUUUACCCAUGCAGAGAUCAAAACAUUAAUGAAGAAGUACCUGUAUCGCAAGUACGAUUUUGUACCGAUUUACGGUGAUAGGAAAUCCAAAAGAAAAUGCCUUUUAACUCCAGAAGAGGUUGGACUUAUGUUACGGGCAAUGGGGUUUGACAAUUCCACCCGGGUAUAUCUAUCAGCUGGGGAACUGUUUGGUGGGGAGCGUUUUGUGAAACCAUUCAAAGCUCUAUUCCCUUGCCAUGAGAAUCACAAUUCUGUUGAAGCCAGGAACACCCCUGGAUUGUUAGAAUCUGCUGUAGGUUACAUGGUCUUUCUCCUUGCUGACAUUUUUGUGUUUACAAACGAUGGACCAAGAAAUUUUGCAAACAAUCUUCCGGGCCACCGCCUCUAUUCUGGCUUCUGGACUACAAUUAGACCUGACACAAAAGGUCUUGCCCCAAUUUUCUUUGAUCGAAAGAAUGGGCGGAGAGCUGGUUUUGAAGAAGCUGUUAGGCGUGUCAUGCUCAAAACAAACUUUGGUGGUCCUCACAAACGAGUUGCACCUGAAUCAUUUUAUACAAAUCCUUGGCCUGAAUGUUUCUGUCAGACAGAUGCACAGGAUCCUGCUCAUAAAUGCCCACCAGAGAAUGUUUUGCAAAUUUUAGAAAUCCGGAUAGAAAGUGAAGUAACCAGUGAUUUAGAAUACUUGGAUCAAUGUUUUUAAAAUGAAAUGAACACUGAACCAGUUUCAUAAUUGGGUUGGGGUUGGAUCAAGUCAACUUAGUUCACCGGAUCAUUUUCUAAAUGUGAUUUUGAGGUACUGUUUGAGAGGUAAUGUUAUUUGCCUAUUCUUAUUAAUAGAAAUUUAUUAGUAGAAAUUAAUAGAAA